AUGAAUGUGGGUCCCUCGUAUACGGCGCAAGUGGCGAACCUGUGGGAUCCGCUCGAGUUAUUCCCCAACAACUUGGAAGCUCCCGAUCGCGAUCUGGCCUUGAAGUUCUUGUACUCGAGUUUGUUGGAAAUGAAGCGCAAGGUUUUCUUUGGCUUUUUCUUGGACGACGGUGUCUUGACAACUUACGACGAGGGAGGCUUGGGCGCCAAUUAUCGAGAACCUGGAUUUUCGGGGUGCGACCCCUUUUUACCCUACCAACAAUAUCCAUUACAACACGUGCGUCGAUCGAUUUUUAUUAACCUUGAUGGUAACAACAUUGUGUGGUGCCAAAACUACACCAUCCGUACGGUACAGCCCAAUCAAACCCUGGGAUGCAUUCCACGGUCGUAUUCUUGUAUACGACCCAACGAUGGACAACUCACGCAAACAGACACCUUUGCGGAUGGAUCACCCGUCGACCGCGUCAUUAGUGGACCCUACGCACAAUGCGGUGGUGGCCAAGUAGUGUUUUGCAACACCACUCACACUGGAGUCUACCGCAGCCGCAACUACGAUCACCGGUAUCGUGCCUUUUACCGGCAAGCCCGACAACUACAGAAACCACUGUUUCAGAUCCAUACACCUUUUUCUCGGAUGGAAACAUUGGGACCACCUCUUCCAGGCCCUUGUACCAAUACCACAAGAUGGCCGAUAUGGAAACAAACGACACUGCCUUUUCCGCUAAAAUUUUCAAGGGAGUCAUCGUGGUCGAUUAUCAGUUGCAGGAAAUUUCCACACCCUCGUCGAGAUUGCCGCCAAUCUCGAACAAACCGUUGUUAUUGCCAUUUACGAGAACAACAAAUGCACCUUGCAAAGGAUGACCGUGUCACAAAUGGGAGAAGAAACGCUACUCGACAAUAUCAUCCAAAACGCUCAUUUAUCCUUGCAAGAGGCGGGGUUCCCGGACGACGAGAUUGUCAUUGUCAAAAACUACGACAACGACAAACAAGCAAUGCCCAUGAUGAAGCAGGAGCCGCCUAUGCCGCACAGUCGAUACCCUUUAUAAGCCCCAACGAAAAUCUAGAGUGGAGAAUCGUUGUAGCAAGUCCCAUUGAACAAUCCACCACCGAUACCAUUACUCCAGGAAGUGUCGCAUUUGCACUCGUAUGCGCUCUGGGAAUCAUUGGAUGUGCCGUUUGCCUGGCGGCAAGAUUUCGCAGGGAUUCCAUCUCCCAGUCCAAGUCCAUCCUGUUCACUCUACCCAUCAUUGUGACACAAUUCACCAUACUCAUGAUUUUUACCUUUGUCGAUCCAUCGCGCCCCACGGAAACCCUGGAGCUGACGGCCAGCGAGCCCGUCCAGCACAUUACUUUUCAAAGGGGCACGCCAGCGUUUUUCAUCACGUCCUUGAUCUUUACGGGGGAGAUUGGUGUUCGCUGGCCAAUCAGACCCGCAACGUCGAUGCCGAUAUCGGGGAAGCUAUACAGCUCAUUAUUCAAAUGUACAACAUUGCGUUCACCGGUGCCCUCCUCGUCUGUAUUUCCCAACUGGUCGACAUGA